UGCAGCAGCAGCAGCAGCAGCAGCAGCAGCAGCAGCAGCAGCAGCAGCAGCAGCAGCAGCAGCAGCAGCAGCAGCAGCAGGAGGAGGAGAGCGGACCUGAAGAGCCGAGGAAAAGGAAAGCGCCAAUGGGCUUUUUCUCUUCGGAAAGUCCAGCUCGGUGGUUUCGAAUUGCGUUCGCCACCGCCUGCACCGCCUCGUCUUGCCCUAUCACCCUCUGCAGCAGCAGCAGCAGCAGCAGCAGCAGCAGCAGCAGCAGCAGCAGAGGUUGA